CUCUUCAUUAACAACGCUAUGCGCAUUUGAUGCAAGCUUUGAACUAUCGAAAUUGACCUUUCAGACGAACUAUACACUUCUAGGUGUUCCCUCUUACUUCUUGCGCAUUCAAUAUCACGAUCCCCCACGACUCAGCCUAAGUCAGCCGCAGCCUAAUAUUCGCCCAUUAUGAACCUCAAUUGGAUUGAUCCCAAGCCCAUAUCAGACCGUGACGACUCAACCAGAGGCGUCAACACGCCCCCUGAAACCAUAGCCGAUGACUUCCUCAACGACCAUGAUCCCCUAGGCACUCCCAAACUGAGCAACUCUUCCGUCCCCUGGCCCGGCUCAACCUUCAUCAUCCGGUGCGCCAUAACUGGGAAAGUAAUCACCCUCGUUGACGGAAAGAUCAUCAUCGCUCCACCAGGUGGUCGGGGCGCCAUUUAUUGGGCAUGUAUAGAGACCAAAGGCUGGUAUGGCUUCCGGGAGAUCAACUCGGGGAGAUUUCUAGGUCAUGAUAAGAAUGGAUAUCUGUGCUGUAGGGCUGAGCGGCAGCAGGGAUGGGAGAAUUUCUGUGUUAGGAUGACGCCGGAGGGUGGUUAUGUUUUGUUGAUGACGCAUUGGGAGAGGCUUUGGCAUGUGGGUCCUAAGAUGGAUAAGGGGGUUGAGAUGCUGGUGAAGGUUGGGGAGAAGAUGGCUGAUGGCAUGCUUUGGGAGUUUGUGAAGGUUUAGAUCUUCGUUGAUAUUCUGCCUAGAAGUAGAACAUUUGGUAGUUAUAUGUUGUGUCAGAUGAAAGGAGA